AUGAACGGCGAUAGCUACUCUUCGAGGGGCGGUGACAGAUACGGCGGUCACUCGUCCACCCGUGAAUACCACACUUCUGAUCGUCGCAGGGACAGGGACAGGGGGGACCACCACGAGCGCCCCGAACGCACCGAACGCACCGAACGCCCCGAACGCCCCGAACGCCCCGAACGCACCGAGCGCCCUGAACGCGGAGACCGUGGAGACCGUGGAGAUCGUGGGGACCGCCGUCGCGAACGCACCCGGUCUCCUGGCCACCGCAGAUCCCGACGCGAGGAGUUCUAUGGAGGCGAUGCCCCUCCUGCCGCUACUGGUGGAGAUCGCGAUAGAUACAGGGAGCGUGACGACCGAUACGGAGGACGCGACAGAGGUGACAGGGGCGGCGACAGGGAGUUCGAGCGCGAGCGCGGAGACCGUAGACGCGGGGGUGGUGGUGGUGACAGACGUGGUGACCGUAGUGGCAGACACGAGGACCCGCGGGGUGCGAGGGAUCCGUUUUCUCGCAGACGUUCGGCUACCCCGCCACCGAAGAGAAAGGAGCCUACCCCCGACUUGACUGAUGUAGCGCCCAUCACCGAAAGGAAGAGGCGGAUGACCAUGUGGGAUAUCAAGCCUCAGGGCUAUGAGAAUGUCACUUCCGAACAAGCGAAGCUGUCAGGCAUGUUCCCACUCCCUGGCGCACCGAGACAGGCUCCUAUGGAUCCCACUAGGCUCCACGCGUUUAUGACGCAGCCAAACAGCGUCGCCACGGCCUCCGCCCUGAAACCGACGAACUCGCGCCAGGCGAAGCGUCUCCUUGUCAGCGGCGUUCCCCAAGGCACUGACGAAGAAACCCUUCUGCAGUUUUUCAACCAGCUUCUUGCCUCUCUUAACGUCACUACAGGUGGUCCUGAUCCUGUGACCCUGGUACAGCUUAACUCGGACAAGUCGUUGGGUAUGGUUGAGUUCAAGAACACCCUCGAUACUACAGUGUGCUUGGCUUUCUCUGGGAUCGAGUUUGGCGGAUCGAAGUUGGAGAUCAGACGGCCGAAAGACUACAUCGUGCCGCUCGUUGUUGACGAUGGCACUGAGACUGAGCCCGGCCAGAUCAGCAGCAAUGUUCCGGAUACACCAAACAAGAUCCUCGUAUCGAGAAUACCCGAGUAUCUUCAGGAUGAACAGGUGAUUGAGCUGCUCAAGAGUUUUGGAGAACUAAAGGCGUUUGUGCUUGUCAAGGAAUCCACAGAUGAAGUUUCGAAGGGCAUUGCUUUCUGCGAAUACCAGGAUCCCGCGGCUACCGACAUCGCCGUUGAGGGCCUUAAUAAUAUGGAGCUUGGAGACAGCUCUCUGCGGGUUCAGCGUGCAUCCAUUGGAAUGAAGCAGGCUGCCGGAGUCGAGAUGGGUGUUAACGCCAUGGCGAUGAUGGCUGGAACCACCAGUGCCGACUUGGAAGCGAGUAGGGUUCUGCAGUUGCUCAACAUGGUGACACCCGAGGAGUUGAUGGACCCCGACGAGUACGAGGAAAUCUGCGAGGAUAUCAAGGAUGAGUGCCAUAAGUUUGGUAAACUUGUGGAUCUCAAGGUUCCCCGACCUAGUGGCGGUUCGAGACAGACAGCCGGUGUCGGAAAGAUUUUCGUCCGCUUCGAGACUCUUGAGUCGGCCGCCACGGCACUCAAGUCCCUCGCCGGCCGGAAGUUCGCCGACAGGACUGUCGUGUGCACUUUCUUCUCCGAGGAAAACUACGAAGUCGGUGCGUUCUAA